AUGCAAGUAGCCAGCAGCUGUCUGUUUGAACAACCCAUUCAAAAGACAGCACAGAUGGAUUAAUUAUUCAAUGCUUUCAGCUCGCACUCCUCAUUCACCGUGACACUAAUUACGGCGAUUUUUUUCUCCCUCUCUUCAAUGCAGGGUCCGCCCUGGGUCCUGACGCACACAACUCAAAGCAGUGUACCCUAAUUUUGUGUGUGUGUGUUUUGCACUUCUUCAAUGAAAAGGAGCGAGUGGAAGAAGAGUGCACAGCGCACACAUACGGACAGAGGGCUGGCGAAACACGGGCGCUGUUCCUACGGCACACCAUUCAAACAGUCCCGUCAGUCUCGUUACCAGUGGUGCCCAAUCGCACCAUUGCAACUCUGCACAUAUCCGCCACUUCAUAUGUUACACCCGGAGUCUUCAACACAUCAGAUGCCAGAUCUCCGGCUCCCAUCUCAGCUCUAGCCAAGCUUCGUCUUGUGCUCCGACCGAAGGAAGCUUCCCGUUGGGUCUGAAGCAUCGGUGGUACCGUCACGUAUUUUCCAAGGAAGGGAGAGCGUUUAACAACAGAAUAACCCCGAGCAGCCUGAAUUCGUCUGAGGUUAUCUGACCGCGUCCUGGCCACGCAACACUGAGCAGCUGCACCCUGUGGAAAUGUAUGACAGAUGGUGCCAGAAUCCAUGAAGGGUUUCAGUGAUGAUACCACCUUGGAUACCACAGCCCGAAUGCAGUUUCUCCUCCGUCUUCUCAGGAAGAGAGAAUGUCUGGCGAAAGUGCGGUGAGUCCAGUGCCUGCAGCAUCCACCCGUACAACGUCUUUCAAAGGGGCGAGCCCAAGCUCCAAGUACGUGAAGCUGAACGUCGGAGGUGCUCUCUAUUACACAACCAUGCAGACACUGACCAAGCAGGAUACCAUGCUGAAAGCCAUGUUCAGUGGCAGGAUGGAGGUGCUGACAGAUAGCGAAGGCUGGAUUUUAAUUGACCGCUGCGGCAAGCACUUUGGUGCUGUGCUGAACUACCUCCGGGAUGGAGCUGUGCCAUUGCCAGAAACUAACCGUGAAAUCGAGGAACUAUUGGCUGAGGCCAAAUACUACCUGGUACAGGGGCUAGUGGAGGAGUGUCAAGCUGCCCUUCAGCAGAAAGAAACUUAUGAACCUUUCUGUAAAGUUCCUGUCAUCACAUCUAACAAGGAGGAACAACGAUUGAUAGCGACAUCUAAUAAGCCCGCAGUGAAACUGUUGUAUAACAGAAGCAACAACAAAUACUCUUACACUAGCAAUUCUGAUGAUAACAUGCUGAAGAACAUAGAGUUAUUCGACAAGUUGUCUCUGCGCUUCAAUGGCAGAGUGCUUUUCAUUAAGGACGUCCUCGGCGAUGAAAUCUGCUGCUGGUCCUUCUAUGGACAAGGUCGAAAGAUUGCUGAGGUGUGCUGCACUUCCAUUGUGUACGCCACAGAAAAGAAACAGACCAAGGUUGAGUUCCCUGAAGCCCGAAUCUAUGAAGAGACUCUAAAUAUUUUGCUGUAUGAGACUCAGGAUGGGCGCGGGCCAGACAACGCUCUGCUCGAGGCGACGGGUGGAGCUGCCGGCCGCUCUCACCACAUCGAAGAGGAGGAGGAGCGGGAGAGGAUUGAACGAGUUCGGAGGAUUCACAUCAAGCGUCCAGAUGACCGGUCACACCUCCAUCAGUGAGGAGUAAAUCAUCCGGCUGAAAGGCUGCCCAGAUCCAAUCCUUCAUCCCUUCCUUCCUCGGAGAAAGAGAGAACAGAAAAACGCUGUCGCCGAAUGGAGCUCUUGCAAAGUUUAACAGUGGAAAAUGGGUGAAAGCACUUAGCCAGAGGAUGAUUUCAUGAGAUGCAGUACGUGAAGUCUGGAGAAUUGCAAAUCAAAAGUGGGAACUUGGCUGCACUGCUAAAUUCUAGCCUUAAAAUUUACCCUAUUCACUGAAUAAGCAAGGUACUGCGUGUUUAAAUGUACAGGAUGUUACUUUUAAAAAUAAUGUGUUUAUGUUAACAGAUAUGCUGCACUUUCUCCAUAUGUAGCUCUUUGAACCCUGCCAAACCCCCCCCCCCCGCAUGCUGCUGAGAAUAAGCUUAGAGACGGGGGGGGGGGGGAGGGGUUGAAAAUUGGGUGAAUACACACCUGAGAGACAGAAUGGUGUUCUCAUUGAACAUCAUGCUUCAUACCUGUUCUUUCUAUUUCAAAUACUGCCGUCCUGUUCUGUACUCCAGCAUUUUCUCAUGGUCAUUGCAAUCCUUUUACAUGACUAAUUGCUGUAACAUAUUGCUGAGCAAAAAAACCUUUUCUUUCAUAUCGGCCACGCUGUACUUGUAUUCCUCACUGAGUAAACGUAAUUAUUUAUUUA